GGGCCGUGGUGGCCGGAGGCGGCGGCGGCGGCAGCGAAGGCGACGCGUCCCAGCCGGACCAAGUCUCCCGCGGCCCGGAGCUGGCCUGGAAUGGGUAAUGGUGUGAAGGAAAGUGCGGCGCGUGUGCGUGAGGAUGCCGAGGCCGUCCUGCCCUCAUGUGUCAAUUCCAAGAGUGACCACAGGCAAGUUCUCAGCUCCCUCCUGUCUGGGGCCCUGGCUGGUGCUCUUGCCAAAACGGCAGUAGCUCCCUUGGACCGAACCAAAAUCAUCUUCCAAGUGUCUUCAAAAAGAUUUUCUGCCAAGGAGGCGUUCCGGCUCCUCUACUUCACCUACCUCAACGAGGGCUUCCUCAGCCUGUGGCGCGGGAACUCGGCCACCAUGGUGCGCGUGGUGCCCUACGCCGCCAUCCAGUUCAGCGCCCACGAGGAGUACAAACGUAUCCUGGGCCGCUACUAUGGCUUCUGCGGAGAAGCCCUGCCCCCUUGGCCCCGCCUGCUGGCGGGCGCACUAGCCGGCACGACAGCUGCUUCGCUGACCUACCCCCUGGACCUGGUCAGAGCGAGGAUGGCCGUGACCCCAAAGGAAAUGUACAGCAACAUCUUUCAUGUCUUCAUCCGCAUCUCCCGAGAGGAGGGCCUGAAGACCCUCUACCACGGGUUCACGCCCACCGUGCUGGGGGUCAUUCCCUACGCCGGUCUGAGCUUCUUCACCUAUGAGACGCUCAAGAGCCUGCACAGAGGUGACAUGACUCCCCUGUCACCAGAGCCUCCUGCUUCGGAACAGCCUUCUCCCAAGAGCAUUAUUUGGAUCCUGGACUCCGUGGCCAAAGUAGGGCGCCAGGAGUGGGUCUUCCCCUCUGUGGCCCACCCAUCGGGUUUGUAAUGUUCCCUGGAGGGUCACAUCUCCUCCAGGCAGCGGGGUUUGAGGACUUGCCAUGGGUUUGUGUCUGAGUCCUAACUGGAGGGCAUCUGCUGAAAACUGGGCGCCCAGGUCACCUCCUCUGGGCCGGAAGCUCCCGCUGCUAUCCCACAGGCCGCACCAACAGGGGCCUGGGCUCAGCCCCUGCCCUCUGCCCCAGGCCUGGUAGCUCCUGUGGGGACGUGUGGCAUCUGGCACGUCCCUGGCUCCCAACCUGAGCAGGCACUUGGCUAAAAACAGAGCAGUUUAAGGCCCACAGAGUUGCUUGAUUUCCAUGAAUAGAGCACUUGGAGGCAGCUGGCAGCCUUGAUCUUCCAAAGCAGGAGCCCCUGAGACCAUGUGUACUCCAGGGGUAGGAUUCUCAGAGUUGAGGUUUCCCAGGGCACCCCCACUGAGCUGGUCUCAUGGAGAAAUCCCCUGAGGUCUGCUAGGUAUCACAUUUCAGAAUGACACCGGGAGUCUCUUGAUUUCUUUCGGUUUUGUUCUUCAAUCUGGCUGACCCUGGGUCUGGUCACCUGACCCGUGCAGUCUGGUUCCAGGCGGACGUGACAGUUUCCACAGACUGCUCUGCAGCGAUGAUGUGUAAAAGGGUCUAAGAGGGCGUGUUUGCCCCGUGCACAUUUCCAGUCGUGACUUUUCAUUUCUCCCCUUUAUUCUGUCCCAUUUCUGUCAUUGCCUUGGACCCCUGCGGGUGUGAAGACCACCCUCUCUGUCCUUCCUUGCGUGUGUCCGCUGGCUGGCCCGAGUCUCAUCCCCAGGGUCUCAGGCUCUACUGCUGGGUGGACUUCCCACCUCCUCUCCUCGCCCUGCCCAGCGCCUGCGCCUGGCAGGAGAAGCAGGGACCCCUCACAGGGAGACGGGGUGGGGACCCAAGGGCCACCAGGAGAGAGAAGGCGCCAGGGGCUGGGAAGUGGUGAGACCAAAUGAAUGAUUCGGUGGCACCCUUCUCUGAGCCUCAGGCUGGGUGGCAGAGGGGAGGGGCCCCAGGUUCUGCUGGUUGUGCUGUGCCUCCCUAGGGGGGCUCCCAGUGCCCAGGGGGGCUCCCAGCUCACACACAGCGGGGCUGGUACCCUCCGUGGUCACGCCCCCCACACUGGUGUCCAUCCUGAUCUGGAGUUACAUUUUGAUGCCAUGAAGACACUUUGUUUAUAUAUAAUGUUUAUAUAUUUUAAAAGAUUUGUGCCAAGAGAGUAUAUUUAAUAAAAAUUAAAAUGAC